CAAGGCUGUUGGAUUUAUUUAAACACCCUGCCUCUCAUUGAUUAAGAAAUGAAUGGCAGAAAUCGCUCAACGAAGGUGAAGAAAUAGUCCGCACCCGCCGGGGCCGUGGGCAGCCAGCGCGGCCACACCCGCCGCGCCCGGGCCGGCAGGGCAGGCAGGCGGGCAAGCGGGGAGGCAGGGCAGGGCAAGGCAGGGCAGGGCAGGGCAGGAAGGCGGCGGGCGGGUGGCCCCGCGCGGUGCGGGGGCGCAGGCGGCGCGGAGCGCCGUGCGGGGCCCUUGUUGAUGAUGAUUUUUUUUUUAAUCACAGCAGCCCCAGUUUAGCGGAUUGAUUUACUCGCAGUAUUGGUAAAUAUGAUCACGUGGGCUCCACAACCAAUGGUUGAGGGUUGCAGUCUGCAAAAUACUACGAUUGUUCUCCGGGAGGGUAUCAUAUACAGUUAACAGUGUAACCUUUUAUAUGACUAAGAGGGGAGCCUAAAAUGUCGUCUAGUGGCACCAUAAGUAACUAUUAUGUCGAUUCUCUCAUAGGCCAUGAAAGCGAAGAAGUUUAUGGGAGUAGAUUCGUCCAGGGAGGUCACAGUGCGACCUCCAGGCCAUCAGGUGUUGCAGAGAGUUCAGAUUUUUCCUCUUGUAGCUUUGCACCAAAAUCCACCGUGUUUUCCACCUCCUGGUCCACUGUUCACCAUCAGCCGUCUGCGGCAAUGACCGGGAUCUACCACCCCUACAUGCAUCAGCCCCACUUAGGGGCAGCCGACGCUGGCCGCUACGUGCGCUCCUGGAUUGAGCCCUUCCCGGGCUUCCCGGGCGGCGGCGGCGGAGGCGGCGGCGGCAGCGGAGGCAGCGGCAGCGGCGGCUCCGCGUCCAGCUCCGGCUCCUCCAACGGGCGCCACUACGGGAUAAAGCCGGAGACGGGAGCAGCCACCUCCUCGUCUUCGUCCUCCUCUUCCUCCUCCUCCAAAAGGACUGAAUGCUCCUCGUCUCGGGAGUCCCAGGGGAUCGGUGUGCCCGAGUACACGUGCAGCUCCUUCCUCCAGGAGUCCCGGGAGAAAGCGCCUGCCGGCAGCUCCAAGGACCCCGCCGCCUGCAGCCACAACCCCAGCCCGAGCAGCGAUCUGAAAGAGGAGAAGCAGCAGCAACUUGACCCGAAUAACCCUGCAGCAAACUGGAUCCACGCUCGUUCAACGAGGAAAAAGCGUUGUCCCUACACAAAGUACCAAACUCUGGAACUGGAAAAGGAAUUUCUCUUUAACAUGUACCUCACCCGAGACCGCCGUUACGAAGUAGCUAGGAUUUUAAACCUCACAGAGAGACAGGUCAAAAUCUGGUUUCAGAACAGAAGAAUGAAAAUGAAAAAGAUGAACAAGGAGAAAGGCAAUAAAGGAGACUAACGCUGGGGUGGAAACGUAGUUGGAGACUAUUGAUUUAGUUUUGAGUUUGGAUUUUUAUCGGGGG